AUGUCAGCUCCGUCGGGACUCGGCCUUCGUGAUGCCCUCGGUUCAAAGGGCAGGGGAUCCAUCCUGAGCGAGAUGGGCCAAUUACUUCACCUCUCACGGCAGCCACCCCCAGGCCGUGUCCCGGUCCACUCCAUCGCUAAUACGCUUCACUUUCUAGCCUUCACUUCUCCAUUGUACCAGCUAACGAUUUCCCAUCCAGAUAGAGUUAGUGAUACACACACACAUACACACGUAUAUAGAGCGCCUAACUACGCCACAGGACGCCGGGUGCUUGUUGAGGUGGUUGCCGGAUGGAGUCUAGUUUGGUCUCGUUACCGCGUUAGCCCAAUACUCCGCAUUACCAGCUGAGAGGAAUCAGGAGAUGUAGCCGGGGAAGCUGAUAGCGGAGAAGACUCUGACGAGGAGUGGAACUACAUUAGCGGGAAAGAGAAUAGGCAGCAUAAUCAGCAACAAAAAGAGGAGCUGAGUGCAGAAGACAUGGAAUCCCAGCUUAAUCCAAAUGCAGCAGAAUUUGUGCCUGUGUACAGCACAACACAAGUGGAGCCAGAUAUUGCCAGUUCCCCACAGAAGGGAAUGGAACGAAGUCUUGAAAAUAUUUCGAUUCCGUCACCGAACGAAUUCUUCAAAGAAAUUUGCAGGAGGCCAUCAGAUAUAGGAGUUGAAUAUGAAACAUCUAUGAAUGGAGAUGCUCUGAACAACUUAUCUACAAAGGCUGUCUUUGGUGAUGACUCUGUCUGCCUGAAUAGUACUGUCGACAGUUUAUCAAAUAAUGAGCCCUUAAAAGAUACUAAUCCAUUUGCCCCAUCGCAAGUACCAAAUUUUGUUCAAGAUCAUUUUUCAAUCCCUGAUGUUUGUGCUCUGGAUGAUUCGUCACAUUCAGAUAUUGACUUUAAACCAUUAUCUCCUGAACCUCAGCAAGAGGAACCUGAGAUUUGUUUCAUGGCUGGUACUGAUAAGCAACCUGAUUUAAUUUCGCCUAGUGCACCUCAUAAUGAACCAGAAAUCAAAGUAAAUGAGAGCAGUGCUAAUGAUGUAUCGGAAAUCACAUUUGGUGAUGGAUUAAAUGUGGAGGAAAUCAUAAGGUCAAAACAAGAUUCUCCGCUCCUCAGGGAAUCCCCUGAACCUGGGCUCGGAUCUGGUGUGGAUAAUAAUGUUGAUGCCACCCCUGAAGAGAAGACUGAUAAAGUGUAUGAAUUUUGUACCAUCCAAAAAACUUCAGAAGUGGAAAAUUCUCUCUUAAAUCAUGCUCCAGCUGAUGGAAUUUCCUCCCAUCAAGGUCCAGAGACAUCAGUUGAUAGUGAUUCAGACCAAGACGAUGUUCUGGUUUGUCCAAUUAAAAAAGACCAGAAUAUAAUAGAAAAUAGUGAAAAUAAAAAUGAAGAAACCCAUGUCGGGGAUUUUAACCACGAGAAAUAUGGCAAUGAUGUAGUAGAGCUUGAAAAUGAAUUAGUUUACCAUAAAGAUGAAGAAGAUUUUUAUAUUAAAGAUGAAAAAGAAGUUUGUUGUUUAAGGCCAACAGUCAAAGGUAGUUUUGUAAGUGAUCACUCAGAAAUACUUACAGAAAAGAAUAAUGUAGAUACACUUGAUUUAGCUGAAGAUACCUUUGAAAAACUGGAAACUGAAUUCGUUAGUAAAACAAAUGAAGUUGUUGAAGGUGAAAAUAAUGCAGUUGAAAAAAUAGAUGAUAAUGUUGUUAUAGAAUCUUCUGAUUUCAGUCCUAGUGAUAAUGAACUUCAUAAUGAUGACUUCCUAUUAGGCAAACUUGUUAAAAGUGAAUUUAGGGAAGUGUUAGCUCAUGAAGAAGUUGAACAAAGUGUGGACCAUUCCAAUAGUGAUAUUCCAGAACAAAUAAAAGAAUUUAGUAACAUUGUUUCAGAAAUGGAAAAAUCUGUAAGUGGUUCCCUAGAACCAGUUGUUGACUCUUCCCAUGAUGAACAAAUCGAAAAUGAGCUUCUGUCACACUUUGAAAAAUCUAACAAUGAUAUUCUUGAACCUAGCGUUGAACUAACGAGUAGUCCUAUUGAUCAUAUUCUUGAGUCAAGUUCUAUAUCAAAUCAGGGUGAGGAAUCUGUAACUUCUACUGAAAUAUCUCAUGUAGACCUUAUGGAUCAGGAUGAAUGGUCCCGUAAAGUGAUAGAACUUAACCAGGAAAUGAGAGAGUUAGCAAUGGAAACGGAGAGGGAAAAAGCUAUACUUUCUGAAAGAUUCAAGGAUUCACCUCAUCAUGAGAUAGAUUCUGAAAAUGAUGAGCCUGAUGAAAAACUGUCCGUUAAUAAUGAAAUCCAUGGUAAUAAGGUCGGUGACAUUGUGACAGCUUUUGACGACUUGGAGAAGAAACCAUUUGUGGUGAAUUAUGCUCCAGAUGAGGUGACAUCAUAUUAUCAUGGGGAAGAUCCAUUUUCGAUCAAGUCUGUGGGAAUCAAACCUAAUCAUGAUUUAUGUUCAGAAGAAAAACUUGUUCCUAUUUCCUUAGAAGAUUUAAGUUCAUCUAUCACGGAAAAAUCUAUUGAAGAAUCUAUAACUCCAGUUCAGGAGGAAGUUUGUAAAAAACAAGAAGUUCAUGAAGAAUUGAUAUGUCCUAUAAAAUUAUCACCUCUAACUAAAGAAACAAAAGAGGAAAACUCUAUAGAAAUUGAAGAUGAGCCCACUUCACAUCUUAAAGAUCAAAUAGAAAAGCUUCUUAGUACCCCAGAAAAAGACCAGGAAACAACUACUCAAGGAGACUUAGUCUGUCCCAUGAAACAAGAGGUUGACCUAGUAAGUCCCAUGAAACAAGAAGCUGACCUAGUGUGUCCCAUGAAACAAGAGGUUGACCUAGUAUGUUCCAUGAAACAAGAGGUCGACCUAGUAUGUCCUAUGAAACAAGAGAUUGACUUAGUGUGUCCUAUGAAACAUGAGGUUGACCUAGUAUGUCCUAUAAAACAAGAAGUUGACACAGUAUGUCCGAAUGAAGUAAAAGAAGAAAUGGUCGAGUCAGAAAAAGUUGAUCACUUUAUCGGUUUCUCUCCUUAUAACCAAAAAAAUAUUGACUCAGAUAUGUAUGAUACCAAUGAAACAAAUCAUGCCCAUAUUAAUCUGGAUAUUAAACUGGACAAAGAACAAUUUUCAAUGGAUAAAGAACUUGAUGACCAUAAAAGCAAUGUUGAGGAACAGAUGGACAAACUUUGUCCGCUUAGGAAAACAUCUGAAGAGGAACCAAUAAUAGAACUCAAAUCUGAUGAUAUUGAACAGAGUAGCCCACAAGAUGAAAUUCCAUAUACAGAUGAGAUGUCUUCUUCCAUGAUAGACCAUGGUGAAGAUAAGAGCUUACCAGAAGCCCAGUCCAAUCAGUUGGAUUUGGUACAGGAACUGCAAUUUGAAGUUCAAGAGAAACAGACUGAAGGAGAUACUGAAAGUGAUUCUGGAUUUGAAAUAAUAAAUGCCAGUGAAGCAUCAACUGUAGAAAUGGAAAUGAUGAAAUAUCAGUCAGAAAAAGAAGCAGGUGCAGUUAAUGAAAAAUUACUACUUGAUAGGAAUGAAGCUGAGUCUUUUGAAAAACCUGAAGAAUAUGCUAGUAAUGAGGUCGAAUCAAACUUAAUCAGUAAUGAAAUCUUAUCUGAAAAGCCUAAGGAGGAGGAAUCUGUUAUUUCCCAAAAAGUGGAAGUAGAGGUAGAGUCAUCGCCAAAGCACGUUCCCGAGCCCCUGGACAGGACCGUCGAGCAGGAGCUUCAGCCUGAAGAGAAGACAGAGCUGGUCAAUGGCACCGUGACCCCUCCUGCCACGCCCCCCGCCACCCCUGCACCUGGCCUCCAGGAGGAAGCCAAGGAGGGGCUCAUUGCUGCUGCUGUUGCUGCCGCUGGUGCAGCUACAGCAGUGGCAGCAGUAGCAACUGCAGUUUCCGAAUCAAAAGUAGAAGAGAAGAAAUCACCAGUUAAGAAGACUGACGCACCUACUCCUAAAGCUGGUACUGCUACUAAAACUCCUUUGAAAGGCGCAACCACCAAAGCCACUUCAGAAAAGGUUGCAAUUAGUAAAUCUUCAACUCCUAGUAGCAAGCCAUUAACUCCAAGCAGUAAGCCUCUCACCAAACCAUCAUCUCCCUCUGCUAAAACAGCUAGUGCUUCCAAAACAAGCAGCCUUGCUUCUGCCAAGCCCAGCACACCUACAUCGAAAGUAGGAGCUAAACCUACCAGCAGUAAGCCAUCGACACCAACAGGAACUAAAGCUGCUCCAACUGCAGCCAAACCUAAACCAACGGCUGCUUCAACAGCAAAGCCUCCACUUUCUAAGCCUGCCACUUCAGCACCAGCUGCUAAGAAACCUGCUGCACCAUCUAUGACAGCAGCAAAGACUACCACAACAUCUUCAACACCUAAGCCAACAGCAGCGGCCAAACCUGCAGCAGCUGCUAAACCAUUAGCCAGUAAGCCUGCUGCUGCAAAACCUGCGGCUCCUGCUAAGCCUCCAGCUGCUAAGCCACCUGUCAGCAAACCUGCCAUGACCAAGACUACUCCAUCUUCUACUCUGAAGCCUUCCUCACCAUCUCAAAGGCCAUCUUCUGCAAAGGGUCCAGGUGCAGCUGCUGCCCCUCAGAAGACUACUCCAGCAGCAGCUAAACCUCUUGCAAAACCUGCUCCAGCAAAAACUACUACUGCUACUAAGCCUCCAGCAAGUACAACUGGUGCUAAGCCUGCAGCCAAACCGCCAGUUAAAGCUGCUCCACCUGCCCCUAUCAAUAAAAAACCUGCAGCACCUACUGCUAUAAAAAAACCAGCUCCCACAGACAAGAGUACUAAGGAGGCUAACAAUAAAUUGACUGCUAAGACUGCUUUGAAUAAGAAAAUUGUAGAUAAGAAAGUUAUAAGCAAAAAGGAAGUUAUCGAUAAUGAGGAACUUCCAUCUCAAGUGGCCAUUGUUACCACAACAAAUGGCCAUAUCUCAUUGAUAGAAAAUGGUAUGCCUCCAGUCGAAAUCGCGGAGGAAGCAAAUUAAUAUGUUUUCUAUAUUUUGAUCAGAAUAAUGUAUAAUAAUUAAGCAUCACAUCGAUGCCGACUGUUGUAAUUUUUUUUUCUCCAUUUUUGCUUUAAGUAAGGUAUGUGGCCUGAGUUGUAUUAAUAAUCAUAGGACACUAUGUAUAUAUAUAUUAUUGAAUAAAUAGUCUUAUAUUAAUUUUGUUUAUUCAAAGGUAUUUUAAUGUAUAAUUGUAGAAAUUUUUAUUUGUUAUUUCUAAUUUGUAAAUAUUUAAAAUUAUUGUAUUUAAAACGUUUACUAGGUGCUUGUGGCUUAAAAACUAACAAGUGUUUUAAUUUAAAAGCAUUAUGACUGUGCACUUUAUUUUAACAAUGUGAGGAAAUAGAGAUAUAUGGAAGAUGUUGCAUAUUUGAAUUUUAUUAUACAUGAUAGCAUUUAUUUUGAGAUUAGAACAGAGGUUCUUUAGUGUUAAUGCUUAUAAUUUUAUUAUUAUUACUUUACUAUUACUAUUAAUGCUGGUAUCUGUCAUUUUUAGUUGUGUUGCCGUAUCUUUUCAUUGCUUUCCUUGCAUUUUGUCCUUUAGUUAGUUUUAUAACUUUUCAGUUUGAAUAUUUUUUUUUUCAAUAGGGCAGAAUGUCUUAAAUUAUUUUAUUUAUAUGGAACAGUAAUAAGUGUUUUAUUCAGCACAAAUCAUUUUUAUACAAUAAACAUAUUAUUGGACUAAAUAAAUGCCAAUAGAAGAAU